CGCUCGCGGUGGUGAAGAAGGAGGCGUGAGCGCGCGCCUGGUGGCUGCCGGGGACCCGUGGUGGCCGGCGCCGGAAGCGAGCUGCCAUGGCUCACAGGCCGAAGAGGACUUUCCGGCAGCGCCGAGCAGACUCAAGCGACAGCGACAGCGCCCGGGAGCUGUCUGCUGAGCCCGGGGCGCCGGGAGAGCAGGCAGCCCUGGGCUCCGCGCAGGAAGGGCCAGAGCUGCCCCGCCGGAGCCGAGCCCGGGGCGGGGGCCGGGGCCGCGGCCUGGUCUGGGCUAGUUCCCGGCGCUGCGCGAGAGCCGCCCCGCGCCUGGACGGAGGCUCAAACGCACCAGAAUCCAGAACAGUUGAUCUUUCAACAGAUGAAGAGGAUGGAACACAUCAUUCUUCAGAAAGUAAAGAUGAUCAGAGUUCAUCUUCCAACAGCUCUAGCUCUCUGGAAGAAGUAAAUAUCCCUGAUGCAGCCUUUAUUCAGACAGCCUACAGAAAACGCAGAUUAGCCCGGGCCCAGGAGGACUAUAUUUCUUUGGAUGUGAAACAUGCCUUCACCAUCUCUGAUAUGAAGAACAGCAGUGAAGGUCCUGAGAGUGAACCUGAUGAUCAUGAAGAUACAAUACAAUUUACCCUGAAGCCUCAAACACUGAGACAAAGAAUGGCUGAAGGAAGAACAACCAGAAAUGAAGAAACAAGUGAAGAUAGUCAAGAAGAUGAAAAAUAUCAAGAUAUUUGGGAACAGCAGCAGAUGAGGAAAGCAGUUAAAAUCACAGAGGGACAAGACAUAGACCUUUCUCGUAGCAGAGAGUCUCACACAGUGAAGAAAUUUGAUGUUUCCAUUUCAUUUCCUCCAAUAAAUUUAGAAAUUAUAAAGACGCAACUAAGUACUAGAUUAGCAGGACUACAGGAUACUCACCGCUCACACCUGAGGGAAUAUGAAAAGUAUAUACAAGACAUCAGGAGCUCAAAGAGUACCAUCCAGAACCUAGAGAAUUCAUCAAAUCAAGCUCUAAAUUUAAAAUUCUAUAAAAGCAUGAAAGUUUAUGUGGAAAAUUUAAUUGACUGUCUUAAUGAAAAGAUUAUCAACAUCCAAGAAAUAGAAUCAGCCAUGCAUGCACUCCUUUUAAAACAAGCCAUGACCUUUAUGAAACGCAGGCAAGAUGAAUUAAAAUAUGAAUCAGCGUAUUUACAACAGUUAUCAUGCAAAGCUGAGUCAUCAACAAAUGGAAGCUUGGCUAUAAAUGAAAAAACUCAAUGGAUUUUAGAAGAAAUCGAAUCUCAAAGGGCACAAAGAAGACAAACAAGUGUUCUUUCCGGGAAUUGUACUCAUCAGGAAGGAACAUCUAGUGAUGAUGAACUAUCUUCAGCAGACAUGAUUGACUUCCAAAAAAGCCAAGGUGACAUUUUACAGGAUCAUAAGAAGAUUUUUGAAGAUGUACACAGUGAUUUUUGUAAUAUCCAAAAUAUUUUAUUGAAAUUUCAACAAUGGCGAGAAAAGUUUCCUGAUUCUUAUUAUGAAGCUUUCAUUAGUUUAUGCAUUCCGAAGCUUUUAAAUCCCCUAAUACGAUUUCAGUUGAUUGAUUGGAAUCCUCUUAAGUUUGAUUCUGUAGGUUUAAAACAGAUGCCAUGGUUCGCAUCUGUAGAAGAAUUUAUAGAUAGCAGUUUAGAAGGUUCAAAGAAGGAAGAUAGUUCUGAUAAGAAAAUCUUGUCUACUGUCAUCAACAAAACAGUUCUUCCUCGACUUACAGACUUUGUAGAAUUCAUUUGGGAUCCCUUGUCAGCCUCACAGACAACAAGUUUAAUAACACAGUGCAGAAUGAUUCUUGAAGAACAUUCCUCUUGUGAAAAUGAAGUUAGUAAAGGCAAACAGGAUUUACUUGAAUCCAUUGUUUCAAGAAUGAAGAAGGCAGUAGAAGAUGAUGUUUUUAUUCCUCUGUAUCCAAAGAGUGCUGUAGAAGACAGAACAUCACCACAUUCAAAGUUCCAAGAAAGACAGUUCUGGUCAGGUCUAAAGCUCUUCCGCAAUAUUCUUCUUUGGAAUGAACUCCUCCCAGAAGACACCUUGCAAGAGCUAGGACUAGGGAAGCUGCUGAAUCGUUACCUCAUUAUAGCUCUUCUCAAUGCCAUACCUGGGCCAGAUGUUGUUAAAAAGUGCAACCAGAUAGCAGCAUUUUUACCAGAAAAAUGGUUCAAAAAUUCUGCCAUGAGAACAUCUAUUCCCCAGCUAGAAAACUUCAUCCAGUUUUUACUGCAGUCUGCACGUAAAUUAUCUGGAAGUGAAAUCAGGGAUGAAGUCAAAGAAAUAAUUCUUAUUCUGGUGAAAAUAAAAGCUUUGAAUCAAGCAGAAUCCUUCAUAGAAGAAUAUCAUCUAGACCAUCUUAAAUCAGUAAUUGAAGAAGUUUGAGUAAACUUUAUAGGAAAGUACUAAAAUGAGAUUUUAAUAUAGUCACACUUGCCUCUUCUGCUUGAAGAAAAAGGAAAAAAAAAAAAAAAAAGUUGCCUCUUCUUUAUUUCCAGUAAUGGAGGGAAGGAUUUGCAAAACCAGAAAAGCAGGACUGUGUCCUUUCAUUCCCUCCACCUUCUGCCUUCUGGUAUUAUGAAAGGCUGACCCUCCUUUGCAGUGUUUGCAAGAAUUAAACACACAGGAACAAUAAGAGUUUAACGUAUUUCCAUUUGAUUCUUCUGACGACUUUUCCACCUUAAGAAAGGAGUUGAAGGAAGCUUGUUAUACCUCUUUUGGCUUUGGUGAAUCUUCUGUCCUGAACCAUAAAAACAUCUUUUAGUUCUCUUCAUUUUAACUAUAUUUAAUAAUGAGUUAAAAUGGAAAUCUUAAUUGGAAUGAAUUAUUAAGUAUUCUGAUUAAGACAUUUUAAGGCUUUUGAUAACUAAUGGUUGUCAAAUUCUUCUCCAGAAAUCUGUUCCAAUGUAUUUGUACCAACACAAGUCUAACAGAGGCCAAUGAAUCUCUACUAGCAAUAGGUAUUAUCAUUUUUUAACUCAUUUGCACUUCAUAGGUGAAAAAAACCUUAUUUUAAUUAUAUGUUUUGACUGUUAGUGAUUACUUGUUUUUUUGGCCAUUUGUAAUUCUUUUGAAAUAGCUGUUCAUCUUUUUCUUAUGGAUUUGUAAGAGCUUUAUAUUUUAAAGAUACUGAUGUUUUGGGAAUUCCCUGGCAUCCAUUGGUUAGGAUUCUGUGCUUUCACUGCUGAGGGCACAGGUUCAAUCCCUGGUCAGGGGAAACUAAGAUUCUGCAAGCCAAAAAUAAAAACAAAAACAAAACAGAAAAAACAGCAAAGAAGAUACUGAUGUUUUGCCUAUGCUAUGUUACAGUUUCCCUCAUUUGCCAUUUUCCUUAAAUUUGUGUAUGAUGUUCUUGGUGUACUAAGUUAUUGCUUGUUAGGUAGUUCCUCUUUUUUUUUUUUUUUUUUUUUUUUUUGGUCAUGGUGGUAGGCUUACACAGGAAACAAGUAUUUUAAAUUUCAGCACAUGAUUCAUUUUCUAAUAAAAGUUUGUGUGAUUAAGAAAAUGAGGCAAGGUCAUUGAAUGAAGAAGAAAUUGAGGGCUUCCCUGGUGGUGCAGUGGUUAAUCCGCCUGCCAGUGCAGGGGACACGGGUUCAAGCCCUGGUCUGGGAAGAUCCCACAUGCCACGGAGCAACUAAGCCCGUACGCCACAACUACUGAGCCUGUGCUCUAGAGCCUGCAACCCACAACUACUGAGCCCACAUGCCACAACUACUAAAGCCCAUGUGCCUAGAGCCUGUGCUCCGCAACAAGAGAAACUACCACAAUGAGAAGCCAGCGCACUGCAAGAAAGAGUAGCCCCUGCUCUCCACAAGUAGAGAAGCCCGUGUGCAGCAACAAAGACCCAACACAGUCAAUGAAUAAAUAAAUAAAUUUAUUUUUAAAAAAAUUGAGAACAUUUUUCAAAGUGAGUUUACUACCAGUUUUUCUUAAAUCUAUUUGUUUAAAUAACUUGAGGGCAGUCCUAAAUGUAUUAUGCAGAUUGUUGCCCAAAAGAUAAUCAGGAAAAAAUUGAUUAUAUGUAGGAUUUGAGCAUGUGCCCUUUGACAUUAUCACCCUUAGUUUUGAAGCGACGUAUAAUUUAUUUUAGCAGGUUGGUGUGUGAUUGCGACUACAGUGAAGACUCAUGAUUCACUAGUAUGAACCAUUUUUUAAAGUUUAUUUUGGUUACACAAAUUAUACAGAAUAAAAUCUCAUCCUGAAAAUUCAAGCCAUUGGUGAAAAGGAUUUAGCAUUUUUACACAAUUUUUGUUCCCAGAGAUAACUGCUGUUUUCAUUUUGUUUCAGACCUUUUUUCUACUUAAAAAGUAUGUGUGUGUACACACACACAGCUUUCUUUUUUAUAUAAAUGACAUUGUGUAUGAAAUUUGUAAUUUUUUUUUUAUUGUUAAGUGUACAUUUGAAAUUUCCCUGUGAUUUUUGCAUUUGUAAUUAAAGGUGUGUUAGAUGAUCCCUUACAUUUUUAACUUGGGCAGAGAGAUUUCU